CUAUAAUGAGACCUUUAUUAUUACAUCAAGAUUUUAGCAGAGUAGCUUAUACUUACACAGCUUCUAGCAAUUGGCAUCGCUGUCCCAUGACUCUGAUUUCCCUGCUCCCAAAAAGCUCAUUGCCUUCCUCUUUGGGGACCCUCAGGUCCCCAAACCAGGCUUGGAGCAGAGGAUGUGCAGCAACCGGGGAGCCUCGGGGUAUUGGAGCCACUCAGCUCUCAAAGGGACGUGCUGCAGCCACCAUUCUCCCUGGUGCUGUAUUCCUAUCCCAAACCCCAAAUUGCUAAUUGAUCCGCCCCAUUAGUUAAUUGAUUUAUAGCUAUUAGAGACUAUAAUUAGCCAACCAGCUGGGAAGCUGUGUGUUAUCUGCCCGGUGGGAGCAGCCUUGAGAAGCAGUCAUCUCUGAGGGGCUGCCCCAUCCCUGCGAGCAGCGCCGCUUGGUUGCAUCUUUGGAGGAUUUUACUCCACACUUUUUGCUUUCCCUUUUAUCUCCUCUUUUGCUGACAUCUGGCAUCCGCGAGCUCACCUCAAGCCUCCCUCUUCUCCCUUAUCUCCUCCCGCGUUCCUGCAAGGUCACAAACUCGCCUUCACGCUCCCCCUGUCCACGCAGGAGUUUCCGAUGCUGGGCUGACCAGCUUGGACCAGGUUGUUAUCAAAGCGUUCCCAGCCAGCAGCAAAGCCUCCCACUGCUGUCAGCGCCUAACACAAGGCAGAUGUUACAUGAAAGUGCUGGAGGGGCUGGGUGAGAUGUCCGUACCUUGUACUUACAACUUCCUGGGAGUGCUGCUUCCAUAGGAAUGCAGGGAAAUAAGGAGGAGGGGACGCUGGAGGUGCCUGGCAGAGGCACCCAGUGCCUGGCUGCUCCAGGAGGCCUGGCCAUGCGUCGGACCAACACUGGGCUCCAUCCCUAGGGCUGCUGCCAGCGUUAGGAGGUGACCGGACACCGCAGCAGCUCCAGCAGCACGUUGGCCACCGGCCACCCUGGUGCUGGAGCCACCGUGCCGCAGGAGCAGCUCCUCGUUGGCAAAGGUGGGUGCGAUGGCAGCGUCCCUUCCUGGUGGGCCCUGUCCUGCCGGGGCCACCACCCUGCUCUUCCACUUCCCCUCCUCGUCCCUGCAGGCUGUGCUGCAGCCCCUGAGGGGUGCGGGGGCUGCUACCCCAAAUCCCUCCAGGAUAAGGCUGGGAGCAUCCCAGGGACUGCGUGGCUGAUGCAGGUGGUGAUGGAGCUGGGUGGAAGGAGGUGCUGGGGUAUGGGCUUGCAAGUGUGGUUGCAGGGGUCCCCCUUGCAUGGGUGCUCUAUGCCUUGGGGGUGCUGGGGCCCCCCUUGCACGGAUGCUCCAUGUUCUGGGGGUGCAGCCCCCCUCCUAUUGCAUGGAGGGCACGCAGCACGGGCUGCAGCACUGAACAGGGAUGCAGUUCGCAGGUCUUGCAUCAAGCUGCGCUUUAAAGCCGGAUGUGCUGAUGGAGCUGGGAUAACCGAAGGAAUUUGGCUGUGCCUGUGACUCUGAGGGGCGGGACAUCAAGUACUCUGAAGAGCUCCAGGGGAACUCCCCGGGGGAUAAUUAGCACCUGGCUGCAAUCAGCAGCCGCCUGCCAUUGGUUUGCAUGGAGCCGGAGUUGGGGCGGGGAGGUCCGGCAGCCCCGGGGGCUCCAUCCCGGCUCCUCAGUGCUUCAUUUCUCCGGGCAGGCGAGCUGCUUUCCAGGGCUACCUGAGACUGUGCUGCCAGGUAAAGCUCCGACGUGUUCUUCCCUUCGCUCUGGUGCUGCGCAGGGUGCUGAUCCCUCCAGGGCCCUUCUCCUCGCUGGGACCGCGGCCAGGAGGAGCUUUUGUCAGGAUGUUCUCACCGAUGGGCUGCAGGAGAGGCUUCCCCAGGCCGCCCGGUCCAUGGCAGGCUGGACCACCACCACCCCGACCUUACAGCCCCCACGAUAUGUGGGACGAGAUGCCCCCACACAGGAGAGGCAGAGGCCAGUGGUGCCCGCUUGGUCCGUGGGAGCCCAGACCCUUCCCUGGUCCUGCUGACUUCCAUGUGAACGAGGAGGACAGGGGAUGGGCACCCAACGACUGCCUCCCACCACCAUCCUGGCACAAUGAAGAAUGUGACCAAGGACCUGAGGAGUGCUUCGGAGAGGGCUGGUACUCGCCCUGGCUCUGUGAGCCCAGACCCUUCCCUGGCCCUGAUGACUUCUAUGGGAAUGAGGAGGACAGGGGAUGGACACCCCAUGACUGGUCGCCUCCGCGCCGCUGGGACAAUGAAGAAUGUGACCAAGGACCUGAGGACUGCUUUGGAGAGGGCUGGUUCCCGCCCUGGCCCUGUGACCCCGGGCCGUUCCCUGGCCCUGCUGACUUCUAUGGGAAUGAGGAGGACAGGGGAUGGGCAUCCGAUGACUGGUCCCUUCCAUGCUCUUGGGGUGACAGAGAUGACAGAGGACCUGAGGAGUGCUUUGGAGAGGGCUGGCACCUGGACCUGAUGCCACCGGGCCCCGACAGCUCUGCCUGGCCUGAAUUCCAAAACGAGGAGCAGCACCCACCCUGGCCCCCCGGCCGCCUGGCAGGGGAGCGCGGUGGCUUCCAGGAUGGCUGCGGGUCCUGGGGCUACCGCGGCCUGCCUAGGAAACGCCGCCAACGCCUUCGCCGAGGCUACCGAGAGUUACCCAUGGUCCAGCGCCCGCCAUGUUUUUGGCCCAGAGGGUAUCGGCCGCCCUCCCAGUCGUCUCCCUUCUCUGGGAUGAGCCAGCCAGCAAUCAAAGAAGAGCCGCAGCACCUUGAUCCUCCCAGGCCACUUGUUUCCUUCAAAGCUGAUGCACAGAGCAGGGAGCGGCCGGCUCAGGGCCUGCCAGCAACCAGUGGGAAGGUCCCGGAGCACCUCAGAGCCACCUGCACCCCUCAGAAGAGCCUGGCCACUGAUCCCCAGGCUGUGAUAGAGGCUGUGGAGCCAGAGCAGGCAGCAGGAGCAACGCUGGUAGAGCCAUGCAGCCAAAGCAUCCCUGAGGCUGGUGCUGGGUCACAUCCCUGCAGCCCCACAGCCCCUCCGGAGCCUGCUGAGCCGUCCCAGGGCCAACAGUGCAGGGCAGAAGCUGCCAGUGCUGGGGUCCCACCAGGAGGUACCACGGAGCCUGAGGUACAACCCAGAGAGGCAUCCUCCGAUACCUGCACCAAACCAGAGACCUCACCAGGGAGCCAGCACCCUCCUGGGUCCAGUGAGGUGAAACCGGCUGCAGGCGGCCAGCUCAAGCUCUGCUCCAGGCUCCCAAACCCACCCCCCCCAGCCUGCACGGACCUCCGCUCCGCUGCUGUCCUUGCCAGGAAGGAGGAGAUCGAGCUGUCGUACCAGCAGUUCAGCCUGACCAUCGCAGUGGUGGCCACAAUGCUGCUGCAGAAGGAGCCCUCCAUGGAGGCAGCGCUGGGGCUGGCGCUGAGGGCGAACCUGCGCCAGGGCCGCAUCCAUCACCUCCAGGAGCUGGAGGACUUCAUCAACAGCUACGACUCGGCCACCCCGAGCCGCUGAGGGUGCUGAGCCCUCACGUCAGGGUGUUAUGGACAUGUUGGUGCUGUCCCACCAUCUCUCAGGGAGGUGGAGGAGGAGGGGGGUGCUUAGUUUUAGCCCUGCCCUGUGCGGGGAGGCCUCAGUGUUUGCUCUUCUCCACCCCAGCUCCUCACUCCACUCCUGCUUCAUGGGGAUAUGCCCUGAAAUCCCAGGGUUGUUCUUUGAUUUAAAUCUAAAUUAAACCAGUUGUGAUCUUUGCA